GAAAGAAUCUCACCUCUCACCUUGCCCAACAACAACAUCAAGCCUUUUGAAUUUGUGGUGGUGAGCAAGAGCUGCAAUUGAGUAUAUGAAUUAUUAUUCUUUCGCUAAUAUUACGCUUACUGUAAUUGAGGAUUAAUACUUAGAUAGAGUGAAGAUCUGCAUUGCGCAGCAAUAGGAUCUAUGGAAUCGUGACGUGGAGGAUAAUCGUUGGGGCCGCACGACGACUACACGGCGCCAACAUAGGCAGGCCCGGCAACCACAAAAUGACGUCAGGCGAAGCAAUACCGGAUCCUCCGACGUCGAUGGUAUUACCAAUUUGACGAUUUCUUGCUUACAAAAACAAAAAAUAUUUUCUCCUACAACUCGGAAAAAAUCACCGAUGGUCUUGGGUAUACCUACUCGAUAUUGGAAAUUGAUGAUUCUAAAACUGUCUUACACGAUAUUUUUCUCACCUAAGCGGCCCUUGGAGUCAAUUCUUGAUAUAGAAUAACAGAAAAUUGAUGCUUGUUUCUCGACACUUAAUGCAGCCGGACGACCCGAGAUGGAGCAGCGUGAAAAUUUCUACGGUUCCGAUGCCACAGAUGUUCUCGGUUCUACCAGACGGAACAGCAGUGGUAAAUAUAUGAAGAUGUCGGAGAACGUAGUUGAAGUAGAAACAAUUCUGACGCGAAGUUCUACCUAUUUAACGUGGAAUAUUUUCCACCGCCAGAUUCGAUUCGAAUAUUUUCACUCAUUGGAUGGAUCGCUUUUUUACUGGUAAUUCAAGGAGUAGAUUCACAUCAUCAUCAAUUCAAGGAGUCCCAAAAUUCUUUUGUACUUGCUUUUGUACUUGAUACACAUAGAUUUCUCCUGCACCGCUCGGUCCGAGCGUGGCACUGCAGCCAUCUGCUUCCCCAGAACGCAUCCGUCGAGUAUUUCAACCGAUCCCGCAGUCUUUGUUUGGCGGCUACGGAAAAAAUGGGAAGCCUUUUGGGUUCGAUGGCAAAAAGGGUAACAUGAUUAAGACCGGUUUUCCUUGAGGAAUGAAUGUGAUUUUUGUCUAGUACUGGUACAACACUUACCUGCACUACGUGCUUGCAGCCUCUUCGAUACGCUUCAGUACGUGGACUUAGUAGUAUAUUAGAUUCAUAUUUUCAGUCCUCCUUUUUUAUAAGGUUAUGGUUCCAUGAUCACCUUCCUUUUUUAUAACUUUGGGGCUUAGGUCCAGCGACGCGUAAAGCACUAAGCAAAACAACCGUUUAGUUUCCACCUCUUCACUAUAGCUCCAUCCCUUCAUGCAAUAUCAAAUUCAUAUUUUCAGUAAUAGUCGAGUGUUUAAAGGGGAGCCAAUUUUUUUCUCCUUUUUGAAAAUGUCUUCGUUGUACAUCAUCAGAGACACGACCAGAAGAUUCUUUUGAUUAUACUCCUAGCCCUUCCUCUAAGUUGAAAGGCGGCAAGGGAGAUUACUACACGGCAAUGGGCCGCGCCAGCAAGGGAGCAAACAUGAAGGGAGACAUGAAGGGACAAUCGGGACAAAAGGGUGUUGCGAAAGGUGGCAAGCAGGGGAAGCAACCGGCAUAUUCAGAACUCACCUUGGCCGCUUUCCUCCCGACCGCACGCAAAAAGUCCACAGACCCAGAAAAGAAUACUUAUGAUCAUAGAAGAGAAUAUUUUGGGAGAUAAUAUUUCUCAGGAGCAAAGCUAGCUGCAGAAAAAUUACAUUAUUUCUCAAGAAUGAUUGAAAACUAGUCGUAGAACAAGAAGAUUAAAAUUUGUAUCUAUUUCUCAACUUUAUUAAAAGUAGUACAAGGAUUGAAACAUGUCCAGCAACAUGGGUGCGAUGCCCAGAUUACAGUCACAGUGUCUCUUCGUCUAGCUAAGAACUAUAGAAUCGGUAUUAUCGUCAUAGUGAAACCUUUUUCCUUUCAUAUCACCGCUAGGAGCAACACGCAAAAGAAAAAAUUGGUGCAAGUUAAAGCAGCUCCAGCAGCCGACGACUCUGCCGAAAGUGGAGGUGCAGGCGGUAGUCCGGCGGACACAACAAGCUUAAGAGGGAUGAGUUUCUAUCAUACUCAUGUACCUCUUCUUCAAAAUCAUCCAGAUUUUUGGUAUUUAGCAAGAUGUUGAAAUAGAAUCUGUUUCACCAUUCUGCCCUUAACCUGUAGUACCUCUAACUAGUAACAAGGCUCUCUCAGCAGGAGCCGCAGCCACACCGGCGACGUCUUCUUCGUCGAAAGCUCCUAGACAGCCGACGACGUCCCCUACGCCGACCGCUCCUGCAGCAGUAUCAACGGCAUCGAAGACCGGCACUUCAACAGCGACGACAAAAGCAGCAGCUGCAGUUGAAUCAUCCGCCAGAGCGACUAAGACUUCUUCUGCACCUAGGGAGGCGAGCACAUCUUCUACGUCGGCGACGAAAAAGGGCAAGCCACCACCGCCAGACAAGCCGGUGCCUGCGCCAAAACAGCCACAGCCUGCAACAGUAGAGUCCCUCCUUCUGGCAGCGGCCGGUACCUUCUGCUACAUGGAUACGAGCACGUGGAUCCCGCUACCAACCCUCAACUUCGAUGCAAAUAACUCUGUUCAACAACAGCAAGGUAGAAAUUAAUAUGUUACAACCUCUAUGAAAAUUUUUACUACUUCGCCUUUGCAAAAAAAUAUUUUGUUAUUUGUCAAAAUGGAGUAGAAGACGCUCACCAGCACAAGUUGUACAAAAUGUAUGUUAUUAAUUGCUUUGUGUGAAACCUACCUUCUAGUCAAUUUUCCUUCAGGUGUAGCAGCUGGCGUGCCAACUUAUGCGGCACCGAUGGCAUUCGCUAGCCCUGAGCAGGUUAUGGAGCAUUUUGGGGCCAUGUGUCCACACUACGCGUAUCCGUAUGCAGAGUACUGGCCUGCCCCACCCCGUUACCAGGGAGGUAGAGGAUACAAAAUUCGAGAAGCCCGUCGCAAGAAAAUAAAUGAAAAGUGGGCACGGAAGAACAUCUUGAAACCACUACCAAGCGACUGCGAGAGCGAGUCAGAAGAUCUCCCAGGGUCCUCAGAGACCACCGCAGCCUCAAGUUCGCCGCAAGACACCGCGGAUAGACAAGGUUCGGGUGGUAGUGCCGCAAAAUCCGAAACAAGACGCAGAAGCCCCGCGUCCUCGAGCAAGGUUGUCUUAUACAUGGAGCAAAGCCAUACUAGAAGACUUUUGUUCUAAAGAUCUACUUUUUCGUGUAAAUGUCCACACCUACGAUUUCUUCGUUUGGUACGAUUUUUGUCAUUGUUAUAGAGGAGUGUGAAAAACUUAAACUACAGUUACUGAACCCGCGAAAAGAAAUGCCUGAUGAAGUGGCUGCAAAACGAUCAGCGGAAGUUCAGAAGUGGAAACAGAAAGGGAGCUACUCAGCCUACGUAAAAAUUCGCAAACACUUCGAAACGACGGCGAAAGGCGUUGGUAGAACUGAGGAUAAUGUUUUUACAGUAGUGUGAAACUACUCUAUCCAAAUGCUGUACGACUGAAGAUGUUCUUCAAGUCGUGUAUUCCCCUGAUAUUUUUUACAGCUCUUUUAACUUUUUCAGCAAGAAAAAUAAUUCGUCCCUCAAGAAGGUUGCUUACCAUGCAUUAUCGUCUAUUGUUUUUAUGCGUAGCACACCCACAGUUUCAGACGAUGCGCCUGAAGUGCCUAUUACGCCACGACAUGACGACAUGGCGGUUUCAAAGCGCAAAUGGAAAUUCGAGCUCGAAAAAUGGCGACGACAGAGGAUCCAUUUCGUAGCACAUUUUGCGCACAUCUUACCCAAAGACGAUCCUGAUAUGUUAUGACAGGAAUGAAGAUCUAUUAAUUUUUACAUCAUGUAUAAGACGAUCCUGAUAUGUUAUGACCACUGGAAUAAUCUAGAUCUGUUAGUUUGCGCUCACAGCUUCCGGUAUUAACGGACUAGUUUUUACUAGAUUUCCAGUUUCAUGCAUCAUUAUGAUAUUGACGAUCGAAGUCGCUUUUUCUUUCAUGUUUCAUCUGUUAUUAAUUUCUGUUCGACGAUUCCGAUAGAUACACCAAGGUUGAUACGUACUAAGAAAUGCAUAUUGAUGUUGAUAAGUCAUGGUUUGUCCUCCUCUUACUCCUGUACUAUAUGCUGACAUAAUCCUCGAACUCGAUCUCUAAAAUGGGUGCAACUAAACAGUGAAGACGUCCUCGCCGCGGCGGUGGAGGAAAACGCCAACGAAAAUGCCAAUGAAGAUGACGUUACGAAAAGCUGGCACAAGAAGGCGUUUUCUGAGCGCGUUUUCUGAGCAGUCAGUUCUAUUUUAGAGGAAAUAGAAGAGGACAUUAUAAUUAUUUUGAUUAGUACAAGCUAAACCUAGCGUCCUACGUAUAGAAGCACUACUAGGGAUGCGAAUAAAUGAAUGAACGUAUUAUAGCGCCGAACGGGUCCCUUUCUAAGACGAGCGGCGACAGCAAAAAGAGGACGAAGCAAGCCAAAAGCAAGGCAGACUUGACGCAGAAGUUCGUAAAAGUUGUGGAUCCGGCUUGAAGGUCCUCCGCGCAAACGAAAGCUUACAAUUUUGGUUUGGUGUAUACGCGAUGAGGGUUUUUACCAGGGUUAAUCAGUUAUUCUUCUUUCGUGGUUAAGGUUGUUUUAUUCAAUUUCUAUGUGGGUUUAAGUUUUUAGUUGUUUUACAGAUUAACAGUUUAGGAACGCAUUGUAUUUUGGGGUCGUCAGGUACUAGUCAUUUGAUUACUGCAAGCAAUAACGAUUAUUUGAGGGUUUUCUAUUUUUUGGUACUAUACUUACAUCAUUAGCAGAAACGAGUUUUUGAUUUCGACAAAGGUUAUCUAUAUCGGCAUUCCUUUUUCAAAAGAAUAGAUUAACGGGUCUGAAUUUUGUAGAUUUAUUGAGAUGUGUGACAAUUGAUGAAUAUGCCGUAGCAGCAGAUUGGUAUUGAGUUGAAGAUUUAUGAGCAAGCUUCCAAUUAAUAUCGAUCCUUUUUUCAUUGCCAGAGGGUACCGCAAAGACGGAGGCUUCUGCUGCGCGGGCCAUUUGAUCUUCGAACAAGUAUCACUACUACGUACGAUGUAGCAAAAAAAAUUGAACAUUCUGAGGCGGCGUUCAAUUAUCGAUUCCAGAGGACUAUCUAUUUAUUGUUGUUGGUCGCAGGUAGCUACGACAAGUCUUCACAAAAAUGCUUAUCGGAUUAUAGCAAAAACACCACUGACGAGAUCGAUUUUUUCGAUUAGCUACCUAGAUUCUGCUCCAAUUAGCUAGCUUCUAGGCAUUAAGGGGAUGCAAGAAUUUAUCCUUGGUAAAAGAUGAGAUCGCCUCCAGCUUUCCUGAUAUCACAGCCAAAAACCUGGGAGAGCGAUGGUUAGUAAUAGUACUAAAAGGAACUUGACUGCAUCAUGGGAAGAACUUCAUUCACCUUCAUCUUCACGUGAUAGAAAUAGAUGUUUUUGAACUUUAUAGAAAUGAACCUAAAAAAGAGGCUUGCUCGUAGGAUUUCUUUUGUGUGGCAUGCCUUCGCCACUUUCAGCAGGAGGCUGUCGUUUCAUUAGAGGCCUUACGCACACCACAUGGCGAGAUUUCAGUGGUAGGAGCGUACCGAC